AUGGGUGAUUAUUUCGGUUGGCAGGACAUUCUGGUGACACACCGUGUUAUCAAGAAAUCCAUCUCGCUGACUGCCUCGGAGUUCAUCGAUGACAUGGCCUCGGCCAGGGCUGCCACCAAGAAGGCAAUCGAUGACUUCAAGAAGAACAUCGCGGAGUUUACGGGCGUGAAGCAGGGCCUUAAGACGACGAACGCCGAUGCCCUCAAGACCCCAGAUCCCAGCGCCAGGCAAAGUGCCCCGGGCCACUUGGCUAAUGCGACCCGUGCCUCCACGCCGAAGACACUCAGCUUGGAGGGAGUUCCAUCGGCUUUGCAGUCCCUUUGCAAGCUCUGCGAGUCGGCAGAAGAGAGUCUGGAAAGCGCAGCCGGGAGCCUCAAGACUCGAGUGAUUGACGAGUUUAGCCACUUAGACCUCACUACGGUCAUGGAGCGAAUUGUUGGCAUCAUCUCCAUCGCUCUUGUUGACGGCACUGAGGGCAUGAUCUUGGAGCUCUUCACUGUUUGUGAGACCUUUGUCGGCCAGUUGAUGGGCAUGCUGGAUCAGACCAUUGACAUCCCUGUAAUCUCUUGGCUUUAUAAGCUCCUGACUGGAGAAGAUCUCUCCCUCCUUGACCUUGCGUGCCUGAUUGCAGCCAUCCCAGCAACUAUUUUUUACAAACACCUGAUGGGCCAUGCCCCUUUCUCGACGAGUGACGCGUGCACGCAGCGCAUGCUCAAUGCAAAGACGGUUCGGGACUGGAACAAUGCGCCUUAUGAUCAGCAGCCAUCGGAAGGCGCACUUCUCUCACAUGAUCAAGCGAAGAAGAAGGCAGCACAGGCCUUGGCACUCGGCGCUGGAGCCAUGAUGGGGAGCGUAAUAAGGCUUUUUUGCACUUCAGUCCGAAGGGAGAUGCAGAAGGACGACACAUUCAGUGACGACGAGAUCAAGAUGAUGGAGUCCUUCAGGUGGGUGGGGAGCAUGCUCUCUUCUGCACCCUCCUUGAAUGUGAAUAUGUUUGACAAGGUGCCCGACUCGAAAGAGUGGUAUCAUGGCAUGAGCAAAGUUCUCACCGCUUGGGGCAAAGUUCGGGGCUUCGUGCAGAUUUUCUAUGUAACCAACAAGAACAAGAUGAUUGGCAAAGCGUUCUCCACUCUGUCAACCACCGAAAGCCUUUUGAAGCUCAUCCCCCACAUCGUGACACCCAUCGAGGAGAACGACUGGUCAGCACACAUCGUCUUGAAGACCUUGGGCAAGGUGAGCAAUGACUGCGGCGGCAUGUUGAGUUUACCUCAAAAGCUGACACCAUCUCCCGGCAAAGAGGAACUGUACUCCUACGAGUGCAUGUUUCGACUGAGCUACGGUGUGCUAAUGAUUGUCUACCCUUGCACUUGGUUGUUAGGGGCUUGA